UUAUCUUAUAUUCCUUAUUACUCUUUGAUUUCUCUGGAAAAAGUCUUACACUCCAUCAAUUUGCUUCUCCUGUACUCAAUCGCCACAAGUCAUCAACCCAAAAACACCCAUCUUGUUCUACCUUUCUCAACCCCAAAACCAGAAAUGGAUUCCAUCAACGCCCUCAAAGGCUACGGCAAGGUAAACCCAGAACACCACCUAGAAGUCCAAGCUCAGAAGAUCCCCCAACCACCCAAAAGGCCAAUCAUCACCGCUCUUGUCAUCUCAGCAAUAGUCGGCUUGACCUUUGUGAUCGGCCUCAUGCUCGCAGCUCUCAUCCAUGAAUCCACUACCGAGCCAAAAGACGAGUCCCCAUCCCUCUCCAGCUCUGCCGAGUCAACCAUCAAAAUCGUCUGCAACGUGACUCGGUACCCCGAGUCUUGCUUCACCUCCAUUUCCUCCCUCAACAGCUCUCCUAAACCAGACCCUGAGUCCAUCCUCAAGCUCUCUCUCCAAGUCUCCAUUUCCGAGCUUUCCCAUCUCUCUUCGGUGUUGAAGACCAUGAACUCCGAUGCCGCCAUCCGUGACUGCCGGGACCAGGUGGAGGACGCGUUGAGUCAGCUCGAUGACUCGGUGUCGGCAAUGGUGGUGGGCAAAGCGUUGACUGAAGCAAAGGUCAAGGACGUCCAGACGUGGAUAAGUAGUGCGGUGACGGACCAAGAGACGUGCUUGGAUGGUUUGGAAGAGAUGGGAUCAGCCAGUGUUGAUGAAGUGAAGAAGAAGAUAAAGAAGUCGAUGGACUUCACCAGCAACAGCUUAGCCAUUGUGGCUAAUUUCAAGGCCAUUCUUGACAGGUUUAGCCACAGUCCACUCCAUUAGAUUAAAAGCAAGUUCACAUGUUGAGCUUGACUGGUCAAGACUAUUCACUGCUUUUUUGCCUUGUAUUUCCACUAUUGAGCUUGACCAGUCAGAUACUGUUCACAAAAUGUCACGACUAGUCAAGUAUUUCCACUAUUGAACUUGACUAAAAACUUGACUAGUCGUGACAUUUUGUGAACAGUAUCUGACUGGUCAAGCUCAAUAGUGGAAAUACAAGGCAAAAAAGCAGUGAAUAGUCUUGACCGGUCAAGCUCAACAGGUAGAAUUGAGAUUUUGGGUUGUUUCAUUUUCUUCUUGAAAAUCUGAAUUGUGUUUUGUUGUUGGUUUAUGUAGCUCAUUUGUUUUUGGUUUGUUUAUGAAAAUAUGAUCUAGAUUUACUUUCAAUAAGCAAACCUUAUGGAACACUAAAUUGAUGUUUAAAUUAUUGUUAGUAAAAUAUGGAAUGAGUGUACAAU